UUCGGCCGAGCAUAGACGCGAACAAAGCCGAAAGACGCGAAACGAAUCGAGAUAUCGAUUCGACUGGUCGACGACGACGUUUCGAUUUUGAACGACCGGUGACGACGUGGAUAGCGGUAAAAGCGAUUUUUGGCAAGAUCACUAGUAAUAAUGAGAGCUAAUAAUAAUAAGAUGGAAAGAAGGUACGAAGAAAGGAAGGAGAGAAGGGAGGAAGAAAGCGUGAAGCUGAUAAAAGGGAGCAGCCGUUCGCGUAGGAGACGCAGCGCUGCGAUCGCUGGGUACGGUGCGACACGACGCAGCGAUGGCUGUCAGAAUUUUUACACCUGCCGUUCGUUCGAGCCAAAGAUUCGCUGGAUUAUGGAGCGAAAGAGGAAUCGUCGCAGCCGGCAGAGCGGGAGCUUCGUUGAACGUUGAAAGCCAACGGCGACACGGACAUCAAUGGGCGCCGGACAUCAAUGUGCUCAAGCAGGAACACGAUUACAAAGUGUAUUACGGAAUCGAUCAAGCAUGGAAACCGCCGUCGAAGGCGGAAGAGGUGUUGCAACAACCGGGAAUAAAAAACGUCUCGUUCAAUUUUGGUCCGCAACAUCCGGCAGCUCACGGCGUGCUGCGAUUGAUCCUAGAGAUGGACGGUGAAAAGGUGAUACGCGCCGAUCCUCAUAUAGGUCUGUUGCACCGAGGCACGGAGAAGCUGAUCGAAUACAAAACGUACAUGCAAGCUUUGCCAUACUUUGACCGUUUGGACUACGUAUCGAUGAUGUGCAACGAGCAAUGCUUCUCCCUGGCUAUCGAAAAGUUGCUCAACAUAGAUGUACCGUUGAGAGCAAAGUACAUAAGAACGAUGUUUGCCGAGUUGACGAGGAUCUUGAAUCACAUUAUGGGAGUCGGAACGCACGCGCUGGACAUAGGCGCGAUCACGCCGUUCUUCUGGCUGUUCGAGGAACGAGAAAAGUUGAUGGAAUUUUACGAGCGCGUGAGCGGUGCGCGGAUGCACGCUGCCUACAUACGGCCCGGCGGCGUCUCGUUGGAUUUGCCGUUAGGGCUGAUGGACGACAUAUACGAUUGGUGUACCAAAUACGGAGAACGAUUGGACGAGGUGGAGGAUUUAUUGACGGGCAACAGGAUCUGGGUAGGUCGGACGCAAAACAUCGGCACGGUAUCGGCGGAGGACGCGUUGAAUUGGGGAUGUAGCGGCGUGAUGCUGCGAGGUUCCGGAAUCAAAUGGGAUCUGAGGAAAGCGAUGCCUUACGACGCGUACGAUCUCGUCGAAUUCGACGUACCGAUCGGCGUCAACGGGGACUGUUACGACAGGUAUCUUUGCCGCGUCGAGGAGAUGCGCCAGUCGUUGAGAAUCAUCUAUCAGUGCCUGAACCAAAUGCCGGCGGGCGAAGUGAGAAUCGACGACGCGAAAAUCGUGCCGCCGAGACGCGAAGAGAUGAAGACCAGCAUGGAGGCGUUGAUUCAUCAUUUCAAGCUGUACACUCAAGGGUUCCAAGUGCCGCCUGGUUCCACUUACACGGCGAUCGAGGCGCCCAAGGGUGAAUUCGGAGUUUACCUCGUGAGCGACGGUACCAGCAAGCCAUACAGAUGCAAGAUCAAAGCUCCGGGUUUCGCUCACUUGGCCGCGCUCCGUCACAUGGGUCCUUCGUGCAUGUUGGCCGACGUGGUGGCCAUCAUCGGCACUCUGGACGUAGUGUUCGGUGAAAUCGACAGAUAAUUAUUUCUCGUAUAUGUCGCGUAUCCUUAUCCACUGGUUUAUCGAUAGUAUAUCGUCCUGCGCGACGAUUCGAGUUUGGCUAGUCUCGUUCGAGAAAACGAACAAAUAAAGUGAUUAUUCUGUCUUUUCGAAACUAUUCAACCAUA